GUUUGGUCGUGUGUCGUCGGAACGGCCACGCAACGGAACCAAGUGACCUAGAGACUCUUCAUCUCUCGAGAGGAGUUGGGACUUAUUAAUUGUGCUCACUGUGGUUGAUUUUAAUAAUCUAUUAAGGAGGCAAAUAUUUAUGUUCUGUUUGAUUUGAGAAUUUUAAAUAUUUACAAAUUGCCGUGGCCGCGUUGAUUAUCCCAGAGCUGGACGAGCCAGUCGCGAGUGUUUACAGAUUCCUUCCGCGGAAUAGUACGGUUAGACGAGUUGGCGCGCGAUUUUCGGAAGUGACUUGGUGAAAAAUUUGAAGAUUUUUGUUUUGUUUCUUCAGAAGUGAUCAUGAUAAAGACUGAGGAACAUGCGGACUCCAGUAGCCUCGGAGUGACCUCCGUUGUUGGUGGCGGUUAUCACUACAGGAACAUCAGUUCCAACAUCGUGGUGGCCACUCCGCACAUAAUCGAAAAUCCGGCAUUGCAAACCAUGGACGACAAAAUGGCCGCAAUGAACCAUUACCACUACCACGGUGCGAUCAGCUCCUCCCAGAUCGACGUGAAGAACGAGAUGGACGAUCGAAACUCCCCGGCCGUCGGAUACCACAUCACCGACGUCAAGAUGGAGUCGGACAAGAUCCCCUCGAUGUACCACCAUCCGUUCGACAAGAUCUCCUCGUACUACAUCAACCGAUCGCCCUACCUAAUCUCCCAGGUCAACGACGAUCCGGACUACGGAGAACCCCGAACCUCCUACCUAUCCCAACUGGACAACUCCAUCAACACGAUGCGCCUCACCGAUUCCGGUCCAAUCCCACCCCUGAUCAACUACCAACCCGUUUCCCACACGGACCUCCCAUCGCUCCGCUGCCGCAGCAACGGAAGCAGCGGAGGUCACAUCUCCCCAACGUCCUCAUCCAUGAUCCACCCCGGAAUAUCCACCGUCCUAACCAGCGGCGGCCACUUUACCAUCAACCAAAACCCACUUCUCCACAAAACCCCCUCACCGUCCCCAAUCUCCCCACCAGCUUCACCAACCCUUUCCACCACUUCCCAACAACCCUCAAACAGUGGAAUCCAGAAAAAGACCUCCCCGUCAACCUCAUCCGGAUCGACGACGAGCGAACAGCAGUUGACCAGUACAACCGGAGAUAACGGGGCAACGUCCACCGGAACGGGUGGAUCCGGUGGGGGAACGUCAAAAAAGUCCAACGGAGGUAGGCGGCAGGAGAAGCCCCAGCUUAGCUACAUCAACAUGAUUGUGAUGGCCAUCAAGGAUUCGCCGCACCGGCGGAGGACGCUCAGCGAGAUCUACAAGUAUCUGCAGUCAAAGUACGAUUUCUUCAACGGAGAGUACAACGGCUGGAAGAACUCGGUCCGGCACAACCUCAGCCUGAACGAGUGCUUCAAGAAGCUGCCCAAGGAGUGCGGCAAACCGGGCAAGGGCCACUACUGGACGAUCGACGCUUCCGCCGAGUACAUGUUCGAGGACGAAGGCAGUCUGCGACGGCGACCACGUGGCUUUCGCCGGAAGCAACAACUCAAGGCGUACGCCGGAGGUGGCGGAAGUGCGUUUUACCCGACGGGGAGUGCCGUGGGGUAUGAAAUUUCCGUUCCGGAUUUGCCCGGCGGAGGGUACAUCUCGCAACCUUACGGAACGUACGGAGAUUACUCUGCGCCUAACGGCGCUGGUCAGUCGGCGUUUGGGACGGCCGCGGACUCGUGGCAUUACCCGUCCCCGGAAGGGCUGAGUCAGUACUCAAAGAUUACGCACACUUCGCUGCACGAGCCACAGCCGCCGGGUUCUCCGGGAUCGGGCCAGCAUCAGCACCAACAGCAACAGUCGCAGCAUCCGCAGCAGCAGAAUCUAGACUACGGCAACUACUCGUUCGCGCCCAGUCCGUACAGCAUCGAUAAUGGUCUCAAGAUGGCAUCCCUGUCCCAACAGAUGGCACCAUCGGUAAUUGCGCCAUCAUCUUCACCACCAAACCUAUCGCCCACAAGCGCAGGUGUCGUCACGAUGGCAGCGUCCCAGCACCAUCAACAGGAGGCCAUGGAUUGUGGAGGCAAGGUGAUAACCGGUUAUGCUGGCAGCAGCACCAGCAGCCAUUCGUCAAUGUUGCCACAGCAACCGCAGCAGCAGCAACACCAUCACCAUGGUCACCACUCACACCUGCACCAUCAUGGGGGUGGGCCCAACGUGGGACUCAACACGGUGCUGACCUCGACCUCCGUGCACCAGUAUGACCAUGGGGUCAAGUUUGUUAAUUGAGAUUUUAGGAAAAGCAAGAAGAAGUUUUGAAAGUACUAGUAGAAUUAGACAUUUGAAACCAAGUGGCUGCAAAUUUAAGGCGAUUUUAUUUUUUAGU